AUUUGUCAGAAAGCAGCUGACAGUGGACAGCCUUCAAACUAGAAAAAACAACCUUUCACCUACCCAAAAAACGUCAUCAAAUCAAUACUUCACCACGUUCAUGUCAUGAUUCCGUUCUAUGUUCUGGAUCAAUUCCAGAGAGAUUUAUCAUUGUUUUGAUUAUGUUUAUAUGUUCCUAAAGUGUUUGUUGCCCAGCGUACAAAUGGCUGGUGCGAGUGACCGUCACUUAUAUCACAACGACACUAGCAGCGAUACAGAAGAUUACACGGAUGAUAGAAGGAGAAGGGUAUUCAAAAAUCGCAUGAGUUAUGGGUCAAUGUCGAAGCCAAAACCGUGCCUUGUACAACGUUCAUCAUCUCUAACAGAAACACGCUGCCAUACUCUAGCUACUCCUAAGCAAUGUCCAAAUGCUCCUCGCAAUAGAUCUCGAACCUCCGGUUGUCAACCCAGCCAAAAGUCACCGCAACCGACCACCGCGUUAGCCAAUAUGACAGAUGACAGGGUGACGGUAGUGGUGGAUAACACGAGGUUUGUCGUAGACCCGGCUAUAUUCACGGCGCACCCCAAUACGAUGCUAGGCAGAAUGUUUAGCACCUCGAUAGAAUUUACGCAUCCCAACGAUAGGGGAGAGUACGAGGUGGCUGAAGGCAUAUCCGCGUCCGUUUUUAGAGCCAUUUUGGAAUACUAUAAAGGGGGAAUGAUUAAAUGCCCGCCUAGUGUGUCUGUGCAAGAGUUGAGAGAGGCAUGCGAUUAUCUGUUGGUGCCGUUUGACGCCAGUACUGUCAGAUGUCAGAAUUUAAGGGGUCUCCUCCACGAGCUGUCAAACGAAGGCGCCCGAUGUCAAUUUGAGGUAUUUCUGGAAGACCUCGUGCUUCCACUGAUGGUGAGCUCUGCUCAGCGUGGCGACAGAGAAUGUCAUGUGGUAGUACUGUUAGACGACGAUACGGUUGACUGGGACGAGGAGUACCCGCCACAAAUGGGCGAGGAAUAUAGUCAGACAGUUAACAGUACCGCCAUGUACAGGUUCUUUAAGUACAUCGAGAACAGAGACGUCGCCAAGCAGGUGCUGAAGGAUCGGGGCUUAAAGAAGAUACGGCUUGGAAUUGAAGGGUACCCGACGUACAAAGAAAAAGUUAAGAAGCGUCCUGGUGGUAGGGCUGAAGUAAUCUACAAUUACGUACAGCGACCCUUCAUUCACAUGUCGUGGGAAAAGGAAGAGGCGAAGAGCAGGCAUGUGGACUUCCAAUGCGUCAAAUCAAAAAGUGUCACAAAUUUAGCAGAGGCCACCGCAGAUCCAGCUUUGGAGCUUGAUUCUAGAGACUUGAUAUAUGUGUACAUUAUUGAUGUUCAAGUUUUGGAUAAAUAUGUAGCUGUGCAGAGGACUCGACCUACCUGCACCACUUAAGUGCGAUGUCACAGAGGGUGAAGAGGCCUAACCGUUCUGAAGAUGGUCCUGUUCCUACUAAAAGGCGUAAACGGCCUGUGGCCGAAGAGGAAGAAACGGCUUCAUCAGCUGCGGCGGCGGCACCAUCCACGACGGCAUCUCACUCCUCCAAUACCACGCUCUCCUCAGUCCAUCAUGCUCACCACUCGUCGCAUCACCACCAUCACCACAGUAGCCACCACCAAUCAUCCUCCCUGCACCAAGACACGCCCUCCAAAGGCGCCGCCUCCUCCCACCAUGGAGGCGGAGCUUCGACGACGGCGAGUGCCGCAUCUUCUGCACCUGAUAAAGGUGGCGGAAACAGUAAUGGAAGUGGUGGUUCAUCGUCAUCUUCUGCUUCCAUGGUAGCGGCACAAUGGGCACCACGCGCGUCCAACGACAGCUUGAAAGGCAUCUACAACAGGACGACCACAGAAGCGCCUGCAGAGCUGUUCAGGAAGGAUCUGAUCAGUGCAAUGAAGUUGCCGGAUUCAGAGCCUUUAGCGGCUGACGAGUAUUGGUUGAUUGUCGAUCAGUGGAAGCAGGAAUGGGAACGAGGCGUGCAAGUGCCUGUGAAUCCAGACCAACUUCCUGAACCUGUAGUCACAAUCAAUAGGAUACCUGGCAGUAAAGUCAAGCAUGAAUUUAAACUGCCAAAAAACAAGUACAUCCGCAUAACAAAAGACGAAAACUUCAAGAGUGAAGAGCACGCCUUAUCGCAUGCACCGGCCCAAUCGGAAGCAGCGUGUUCGUACGACUUGGACGAGUGCGACAUGGCGUGGCUAAAAAUUCUGAAUGCGGAACGGGCCGCUGCCGGCCUGGGGUCCAUCUACGAAGAACAGCUCGAACGAGUAUUGGAAAGGCUCGAGUUGUGUUGCUGGGAAAAGAUACAGUCAAUACUUCGAAAUGAAGAAGGACUGGGCAUAGAAUAUGAUGAGAACGUAAUAUGUGACGUUUGUCGGUCGCCAGACAGUGAAGAAGGAAAUGAAAUGGUCUUCUGUGACAGCUGCAAUAUAUGUGUACAUCAAGCGUGCUAUGGCAUUACUCGAAUUCCAGAAGGUCAAUGGCUCUGUUGUACCUGCAAUAUCGGGAAACGACCAGAUUGCGUUCUGUGUCCAAACAAAGGAGGUGCUAUGAAAUGUACCAGGUCAGGCCAAAAAUGGGCCCACGUAUCCUGUGCCCUGUGGAUUCCAGAGGUGAGCAUAGGUUGUGUGGAAAAAAUGGAGCCCAUAACGAAGAUUUCCAGCAUACCUGGUAGCAGGUGGGCUUUGAUAUGCGUGCUGUGUAGAGAAAGAGUAGGCGCGUGUAUUCAGUGUUCCGUUAAGACCUGCAAAACGGCGUACCACGUGACCUGUGCCUUUAAGCACGGAUUGGAAAUGAGGGCUAUCAUUGAAGAUGAAAAUGCUGAUGAUGGGGUCAAACUUCGGUCUUACUGUGAGAAGCACAGUAAAUCUAGUAAAAAAGAAAAGAGCAUUUGCUCAGGUUCCGGGGAAGACGACGAGUCCAAACGGAAGAAGCGCAAGGACAUGACCUCCGAGGAGAAGAAUCAAGCUCGAGCAAUCCGACUUCAGGAAAUCGAAGCUGAAUUUUUCAAACACGUUACGGUUGCCGAUGUCUCUAUACAUACAGAUAUCGACAACGAGGCGCUUCAAUAUAUCUACAACUACUGGAAGCUGAAGAGGAAGGCUGGCCACAACAAGCCUUUGUUACCUCCAAAGUCGGAAGACGUGGACAUGCUGUCUCAGAAACGCGAACAAGCCGACCUGGAGAAGAUGAAGAUGUUCGUCCAACUCCGACAAGACCUGGAGCGAGUGAGGAACUUGUGCUAUAUGGUGAGCAGGCGCGAAAAACUUUCGCGGACUUUCUUCCGUAUGCGCGAGCAAACGUUCCACAAACAAGCUGCCGUGCUUGACGCUACAAACAAUCUAGCUUCGACAGUUGUAGAUGCUGUCAUCGAGGCCAACCACGGUCCCUCGAUAUAUGAUCGUCUCUACUCACAUAACGACGCUGAAGAUCACACCGCUGACUUUGACACAAUACUCGCUAGGAUCGCGGGAGUGAAAUCACCUCCACAAUCUGGCGACGAAUCCAAAGCUGAGAUCAAUGGUCUUUUCAAGGAUGUCAAGAACAACCCAUACAAGAAAGUAUACUUCAACGGUUCUUCCAAACGGCGCAGCGUCAGCAUGUACGGCAGCAGUAUGUCCAGCGACGGAAGCAGUGACGAACGUCCCAAAGAUAACAAGGAAAACAGAUUACAUGGCAGUUCAGAAGAUGAAAAGCCUACUUCCAAUAAGCGGAAAGUGUCUCCAAGAAAACAGAAUAAUCUGUUGAAGGCAGCUGAAAAGCGGAGGCAAAAGAAGCUGCCUGUAUCGGAAAACAAAGAUGUCACGACAACAGAUGAGGAGGAUGAUAAACCAAUGGAAAAAGAUUGGAAACGAUCGAAAUCGCGGUUGAGCCAAGUAGAAAAAGAACUAGGUGAUUCUUGCAGUGAUAGUGACGAUUUGAUGCCUAUUCGGACUAGCGGGAAAAGUGAUAAUCAUAAAAACAUCAAGUCAAUGUCGUCAAUAUAUUCUGACUCUGACAGUUCGGAUGCUUCUACGAAAGACGGCAAAUCAAGUGCGAAAGACGAGAGCAAGUUAAGAACUAAAGCGGCAGUGAAGGAAUUCUCGCACAAACCUUCGACGUCUAAAAGUGAUGCUGCAGCAAAAAGUAGCCCUGAGAAAAGUAGUCCUGAGGUUAAAAAGAGGCCGAAUAAUAAUAGUAAUAAAAGAGACACUAAGAAGAAAGAUUAUGUUCCAUCUGAUUUGAUUGUUCCUCAACGCCAAGCUGCUAAGAAAGCUUCGGAGAAUCUGAAAACUACAACAGUUACAAGAGCUAAAGAUCUACCGGAGUCUGAGGCUAGUAAAGACAAGGUCGAAGAUAAGAGCAAGCAAGUUAAAGCUAAAGUGAAAAGUAGUAAAGAGAAAGCUGAUAAAGAAAUCAUGAAAGAGGAAGAAAAGGAACGAGAAAAAGAGAAGGAAAAAGAAAAGACGAAAGAGGAGGCAAAGAAGGAAGUGAAAGAGAGUAAAGACAGAAAAAGGGAAACUAAAGUUGAGCUGACUGAGGCGGAAAAGGAUGCACAAGAGCUAUUGGCGUAUGUUCCUCAAAGACAAGCUGCCAAGAAAGCUGCAGAGCAUAUAAAGAGUGGGCUAGGUAAGCCAGUUCCAGCGACGCAAGCGCCUGAAUCUAAUCAAGAGGUUGAUAAGAGUUCGAAGAAAGAAAGUGAUGUCAAGAGUGUUAAAAAAGACCCGGAAAUAGUGAAGAAGGAACCACCUUCGAAGAAAGAACCGGACGUGAAGCCUGCUCCCGCCAAAAUCGAGUCUAAACGUAAGUCUUCCACGAACUCAACCAGUAGUUCGUCUUCCAGUUCGAGCAGCUCCUCAGACUCCUCGACGAGUUCGAGUUCCGAUACUGACGAUGACGAGGAUGAGAAAGAAGCCAAACAGCAGGCACAGCCGCGAUCGGAGGGCCAUUCCUCUGGCUCUGGGGAGCCAACGGCCAAGCGGAGCACCACCGCCAAGGAGUGGCCCUUUCUUGACAAGGUGCCCACUUCCGGACGCAGGUCCUCCUCCGCUUCGUCCGCCUCCAGCGAUGAGGAACGGCCAGCACAGAAGAAACAGCAACCCGCUAACAAGGGACGCGGAAGAGCUCCCCCUAGAAGGCGGGCACCUUCUACCCGUACAUCCGAACCUAGUGAUCGGGUCGGAGAUGCUAAUGUCAGGCCUGGAGAUUUGUCUGAUGGCAAACGUGUCGGUAUGGACGGACAGUCAAAGAGAGGAGCGCAUCAACAGCAAAAGUCCACCCAGAGAAAUGAGAAAGAGACACCUGCCGCACCAGGAAAACAAUUGCACUCUCCGAUCAGGAAAAAGGACAAGAACGUGAAAGAAAAUGAGCCGGAAAUCGGCAAGUUAGAAAAAGAAAUUCUCGAAAGAAAAGCUGGCAAGGAAGGUACGCCUAAGAACAAAUCUUCGGCAUUUGAAAAACUUUUCGGUGAUAAGAGCAAAGAAUCUGAAAAGCUCAAAAAGGAACCUCCAACGCCACAAGAAACGGAAAAGCCUACAAAGAUCUCCGAAAAACCAUUGAUAGCACCAGAGAAACUAACACUUCUGUCAUCUGAGAAGUCUAGCCCUACUGAGAAGCAUAAAUCGCCUACAGAAAAAUGCGCUUCGUCUUUGGAGACGCGAGAAAAAUCACCAGAAAAGCUCUCUAAAGUGACUGAUAAGUCAAAACUAGACAAACCCACUCCACAAAUAGAAGAAAAUGUUACGCCUCGCAGGCCUCCGACACCAGAAAUCCAAGAAACCCUCCCCAAAUCUCAAUCAAUAAAAACCAAAGAAGUAGAAAAAUCGACUGACACGAAAGAAAUCGACAGAAAAGGCAACAAAAAGUCGUCCACCAAAUACCGAUCGAUAGACGAUAUCUUCUCCAACAAGCUACUUAACAGUGAAAGUAAGGAGAACAAGCUGGAUUCCCCACUAAGGCAUCAAAAACAAUCAGACGAAAUUAGUAUAGCAGAUAAAAUUGUAGAUGAUCACUUACAAACUCAUAAAGCCAAUGAUUUAUACAACAGACAGAACGAAGAGGUUUUCAGUGUGUCAGCAGAUGUUACUAAAACACUGUUGAAUGAAUUAGAAAUGGAAAAGAAGAAUGCCAAAGUCCAGCAAAAUCAGGUGUUACAAAAUCGAUCAAUAUUCUCGCCUCAGCCUCAAGUCAAAGAUGACCUAUUGGAUUUCGUAAAUUUAGAAGAAAUCGGUAUAACCAAGGAUGAUGAAAUUAUGAAAGGUUCUCUCAGUUGUUACUUUAAUAGCGGGAAUAUUGUGAAAGAAGAUACAAAGGAAGAUAGCGCUAGAGAAACCUUGAAUCUCGUGGAGAAACUUCGAAUGGGAAUGUCAAAGAAAUCGACAAGUGGUGAAGGUGAUGAUGUUGCGUCAAGAAAUGAGACAGCAAAUUAUUCAGAACCCGAAUCAAUAGCCGAGCCUCAAACUGAGCUUCUGUCUAAGCCUGACUCGGACAAGUCGGACGUGAACAUGGAAAUAGAACCUGCCACGAUAGAACAACCUCCUAUAACAGCGCCGUUCGAAAACGUCACUCAACAGCCCCAGCCUCGUUCAGAGUAUCCUUACCUCAACUGUGAUAGCGUGCCGAGCGAAUCUAACAAAAACAUUCCUUCCGAUCAACACGGUGCAGCCACAGAUCACAACGCACCCGUUCAAGGUGAUGAGCGAUGGGUACCUCCAAGCUCGGCGAACUACCCUAACAUACAACCAGUCGAUCCUGCUAACUAUUUGAAUGAUUCGGUGCUCACUAUGGAUACUCGAUACAUAGAAAAUUACCCCAACGCUAUCCCACAAGAGGUCAAAAAGGGUCCGCCGGUGGACCAUGUCACCAAUCAAGUGGUAGAUCAGCGAAUAACAGAGGAACAGCUUAAUUCUUUACCCGUACAACUUGAUGUGCGGUUACGAGAAGAAUCGCUAAAAACUCAGUCACCCUCGUUGCAUGAGAGGAUAGACAGAAAAAUCUCACAAACUCCUUUGAUAGAUCCAGCUUCGAUGGAUUGCAUGUCGAGUCCGAUGCCGUAUGCGAACAUUCAUCCGCAAGCCAAAUGGGCUGAUUGUGAGCUAAUGCCGAAUCGUAGGUCCUCCACUAGUUCUGCUGCUUCCACGUCUAGCUCUGGUUCGAGGAGGGAAGAGGACGAAGUCAAGCUACCUGAAGCACGGAUGAUUAACCAUACUUCUAUGGAUAUGGGGACCUAUUUGCCUGCACAAGUUCCGCCAUUUCCUCCAAAUUCUAUGGAGAACUUUGGGGGAUACGCAGAAUCUUGCUAUCCGGUUAGUCUAAUUCCUUCUUUGAAUAUGAAUGCUCAGUUACCUUUUCCUCCUGCGAGUGCAGGAACGAUGUUUCCUCCAGCGUUUGGUGCUCCGUUUCCACCUCAUUCGAUGCCAAUCCCUACGAAACCAACAGAAGAAACAACUAUGCCUUUCCCAUCACCAUGUACUGCAGCAUUCACUUCUUCACAGCACAAUAUGGCACUUACAGCAGCUAUGGUCAAUGUACCUACAACCACGCCAACUCCCAUUCCAGUUGAUAAGUUAGAAGAUACGUUGAUGCAAGAUCACCAACCAUUAUCGAAUGCGGAAUUAUCCGCAUGCAAUCAGCCUAUUCCCACUACAUCUGCUGAAGAGGUUCCGACAACUGUGGCAACUAGCAUUACUGCAUCUAGUACGUUACCAUCGCCCAGUACUUCCUCGAAAUCAAACAGUUCUGCUGGGAAGAAGUCUCCUACUAAACCAACUAGAUCUUCAGCUAGAGUCACUUCUCAACAGCAAAAUAAAUCACCUGCUAAGAGUCCUGGAAAGAGUCCCAGGCAAGAAACGGCAUUGAAACAAAGUGGUCCUGGUAGGGGCAGAGGUGAAGGUAAAAGGGGUUCUGGGAAAUCUGGAACUUCUAGAACGGUAUCGGCAUCUAGAGGUAGAGGCAGAGGACGGGGAAGAGGUAGAGGCACCAGCUUCGGAGAUUUCGACUUCGUUAGCGGCGGUACGAUACAUAACAAGCUUGUCGGAACCGUAUAUGAUUUGGACUUUGACGAUGAUAUGUCCAACGAUAAUAUGACAGAUUUGAAAUCCAUGAGGGAGCGAAGGAAAUCCAUCGAUAUCCAUGAAAGGAGGUUUGAACCAUUCUCGUCAUCGAAAGAAUCUCCAAAGUCGCCCAAAUUCUCCAGUCCUUCGCAGACAUCACAUAAAAUACGUACCUACAAUGCUGACUUGAGAGAACUGCGGCCGCCUACGCCUAUCGAAGACAGCAGAUCAAAGACUGAUGUUUCUCUUACUAGUUCUGAUAACGAUCCGCCCCAAAUAUUCCCUGAUGUUACGCCUGUGCUACCUGGUCCUGUUGAUAUGCGGACGUAUAAUAGCAAUUUUGACCAACAAAACUACAAUGAACAAAAUCUUCUCAGUGCAUUCGCUAUCGGUACCGCUGAAACUAGAGUGCAGGAUAUUGACGAUGAUUUCGAGAAAGAGUUACAGUCUGCUUUGACUGCUAAAAAGCCCGAGCCACCACCUGUUACAGAAAUAACUAGUAGUAACAUUAAAGUAUCGUUAUCAGAUUCAAGGAAUCAACUUAAAGUUAAAAUCAAAGGACCUAUAGCAAACUAUACUUCAAACGUUGCUGCACCUACUAAUGUCGAUGCAAUAGUCGUACCAAGCGUAAAUUCGAUAACGAGCAACGCGUUAGGUAGCACAUCAGUGAAUAUACCUUCAGGCGGUACGUCCAGUUUGCGUAGAAUGAGGAAGAAAGAGUUGUUGAGCAAGUACCUGACUCAGGAUAUGAACAUGGACGAUCCUGGGUACAUUGCGCCUGCAGCACCACCUGUCAAUCGUACUAUCAUCACUAUUCCGAAGGCUGUGGCUUCCAUGACUAGUAUUCCCACAAAGGAGGAUUAUAGGGAUUAUAGAACGGACACUGACGAUUUCAUUGAAACCAAGCAUCACAAAAAAGAGUCCAAAACAAGACCUGGAGGCCUGUCGAGAGAGUUGCGGCAGCUAGAAUUGUCUUCGGACGACAGCCAUUUGGAGAGGCGGAGGAGCAUAGGUUCCGUGGGCAGCAACUCUGGCCUAUCCGGCAGCUUAGAUCAUAGUUUGACAGCCGGAAAGAGACGUGGUAGGCCACCAAGGUCCACGCAACAGCCUACCGCACCCAAGGUUAGGAUAAAAAUAGGUGAAGCGACGAACAGCAUUAUCGGCGCCGAAGGUUCCGAUGACAAAAAGGACCGAAUACGCCCUCCGAAAAAACGCCACGUCACCCUGGCGACGCCCUCCGUGGAAGAUCUCAAGCGAGAGAGCAUGAAGUUCAGGAAGAUGAUGCGCAAAGACCUGAAAAUCAAACAUAAAAAGAAAGACCGCAGUGAGAAGAAGAAGAAAAAGAAACUCCCCAGCGAGGUACAAAUUAUCGCGAACCAUGAAACGUCGACGAAACUCAUCAUUCGGUUCGGUAAGAAAAGCGACGAGUGCGAGAAACGGACUUGUGAUGACGCGGACAGUGACAAACGGACUGCAAGUGCGUGCGGUGUGAAGGAAAGCGAGUUGCCGGGUAGCAGUGGAUGCACCCCACCUAGCGACGAACCGCCGAAGCUGACGCCGAUUAAGUUGAAGCUGUCUCGGUGCCAGGAGGGAUCGUACGUGAUGAAACAUGUCAGCGCGAUCCCUGGCAUGGAAAAAGAAGAGGAAAUGCAGGCGACGCAACCGGGGCAGCCGCCGCCCCCUACUAAACCGCCCGCCUCCAUCGAGGUGUCGCAACCUCCCGCCCAAGAAAAAGGUAGUGCGGUGGAACCUGCCACCGCCCCAAAAAUGGAGCUCACUAAAGAUUGUGAAGUUAGAUGAUAAUUAGUGUAAUAUAGGUGAAUACUUGGUCAAGGUGAGGAUUGCGAGUUUCUUCAUAUAUUACAGAUGAUUAAGAUCUAAGAGCUAGCUGCAGUAUGAACAACGUGACUCGGUCCUUGAUGUCUUUAUCUGGAAAAGGUUCUGUUGGUACGAGUGAAACGGAAGGCUGACGUCGAGAACAUGGUCUAGAAAAAUGUGUGAACGAGCAAUUAAUGUAUCAUUUCAUCAUGUUUCUAUUUGGUCUUUCAUAAAUUGGACAGUGAAUGAAAGCACAGAUGAUGAAUUAUUGGUUAUAGGUAUAAAAGUGUUGUAAUUUAUCAAAAUCCCUCCGUGAAGGUCUCGGCAACGAGUAGUACAGUUGUCAUUAGCAGGGUAUCAAUUUAUAUUGCAAGUAAUUUUUAUUUAUUUUCUAUCAUACAUUUCAUAAACGGAAAAAAUGAGGGCGUAUCUUGCACACUCAUCAAAUAUGGAUCAAACCUGACUCCAGGUAAUUAUUUUAACAAUAAGCUCUUUGACGCGGCAACCAAAAAAUGAACAAAUCCAGCUAAAUUGUAGUCUACGCCAAUGCAACUGCUUGACUACAACGUUACAGCUGACCGGUGAUGUCUUACAGCACUUUUAUAAAUUCAUACAAAGCUAAAUACUGUGUUAUUCUUUAGCUCAGGUGCUGAAUGGCAAUUACCUCAGCUGCUUGAUGCAAGUGAACAUAAUCAUUCAUUUUUCUAUCUGUAUGUUUGAACUUGUUGACCACUCGUUCACGACUUUUAUCUCUAAUCAUGCUUUGUACUGACUUUUUUUUUUGCAAUAAUUGAACCUUUUUCUGGUAAGCUCCUUCAUGGACUGAGUCAUGUUACUUUUUGCGAAUUUAUAUGUAGCUAAAUGCAGUUCUUUCCAUGACCGCCUUGUAAUAUAUUGUAAGUUAGGUGACCAGUGAGGCAGACUUGUACAGACUAGGCUAGCUGCUAUUCACUUGUUUCGAUCCACAUUGUUAAGCUGUCUAGUGAAUGUGUAGGCUAAAUGAGCACAUGUCUUGUACAGGUUGGAUAUUUAAUUUUGACUACUUUUAUAUGAGAUUGUGUUUUCUCAAUGGUGCAAAAUGUUGGUGAGGUAAUGGUGAGUAUACCCUGGAAUAACCAAAUUAUGCAGUGUUGAAUAAAAUCGGUAUUUCGAUUAUUGUUCAUAUUUAGGAAAAAUACCAAAACUGCUCGAAUUUACCUUGAAAACUUACAUCUUAUUACGUAAAAAAAUCUUUUCUAUUAUUAGUACCCUCAGUAAUGUGAGUACAAUGCUCCUGAAUUUACAAAUCGGCUAGUUGACAGAAAAAAUAUCGCUCAAAUGAUUUUAUUUUUUAAUCCUCAAUUUUUGCAAUAGAUCUAAUAACAAUGAUACAGUUAAAAAUACCUUCAAAAAGAUGUAUCACCUACCCAUUUGAAAAUUCAGGGUCGUUACCUUCAUUCCUAUCGUGUUAAACUGACAAUUUAUUCCAUUUGGCUUUUCGAAGCUGUAUGAAAAAAGUAUAGGUAUGAAAAAUUGUGGCAUCCUUGUUUUUUUCUUUUUCAUCAUACUGAACAUUUGCAGAAAUUGUGCAUAAACUCAAUAGGGACCAAAAUCGCCUUAUUCAAAAAUUAAUUUCGUAAUAUUCUUUUUAAUAUGUAUUUUACUUUGAUUUACUCACAUGUUUGUUGAGAUCUUGGAGGUCAAUUUAAGAUGGAGAUUCUAAUCAUAAAUAAUGUAUUUUAAUGCCUGUUGUCCAGAGCGUUUCAUUAUCUCGUUUUCAAUUUUGAAUUUUAAGUUGAAUAAUGUCAUAGUAGAUCAUUGCUUCCAAUAUUGCUUAUGUUAAAAUGUGUUUUCACAUGACCUUUGAUCACUUAUAUUUAUUCCACUUCAAAUAUCUUCUAUGAAAUCAUCUGUAAAACCUUGAUCCAUGUUUUUUCUGGCUAUAAUUUGACAAAUAUCAAAAUAAAACAAAAAUUGUGCGCGAGCUCUCUUUGUUUUGAUCUCUUUAGAAUAGGUUUUAUUAUUUAACUACCUUAUUUUGUAUAUCUCGUGCACAAAAUUAGUAAAUUGAUAGAAACCUAAAAAAUAUAUACAAAUAAAAACAAUUGAGGUUAUUCCAAAAUACAAGACUGUUGUAAAAUAAUUAUUAUGAAAAUAAUAUUUGAAUCAAAUGUAGCUAAAAGAAAUACUCUAAAGUUACGCAAUGAAUCUAAGAAAAACAGCUAUACACAAUUCAAACUCAUUGUUGGUCUAGUUGAAUCACUUGUUGAGUAAAAAACAUUUUUCUUAUCCAAUGAAUUAUUGUAAUUGAUAGCCGUACUUGAACUAGGAUAAAUGUAGUAUGAGAGCAUAAUUUAGUGAUGAAUUGUGUUUCUAACGUUGAGCACCAUUUAGAGAGCUGAGUCUUCGAGAAAAUUUUCAAAGUGUGAUAACAUCCUGUACUUCAUAAUUUCGGUGUACAAAGUCAAUUACGGCGCGGACGUGUAAUCAUAUUUUUGUACAUAUUGUAAUUAUGGUAUCUGUGAAUAUACAUAUAGUACUAAUAAUUUAUAUAUUUCAUUUAAAAUGAUUAACUCGUGUUGACAAUUUUGAUAGCUAGACUCGUUAUAGAUCCAUCAAAAAUAUUGUACAGAACAAAUGGCUUGAGUGCAAUUUUAUCAGUUAUUGUUGUGAGAGCCAUUAUUUUUAUUAUGUACAGAUUUAUUUUAAACUCGUUGUCCAACGGACAGUGUAGUAUAAAUUUACUUAAAAGAGAUUUUAUUGUAAUAGUUGUGUAAUUAUUUUAUUUUUUAUAUAUCGAUUAUAUGUUUUUUAUAGAUCGUACAUGUUGUACAUUAUCCUUUUUAUUGCAAGUAUUAAAGCACAAGCCAUUUGUUGUUUCAUGUUACAUGAUACAAGUUAUUAUAAUAAAUAUAAAAUAUGAACAAAAUGACCAUUUUCUAUUAUGAUCCAAACCCCCUUAAUUUAUUUUUACUUUACCACUGUAUAAUGAAGAGCACAAAAAUUUUACAUGUUGUUUAAUUUGUAUAUUUUGUUUAUAAGCCGAAACUGUAAGAUUCAUGUGUAUUAUUCAAAAAUGUACACAUAGUUGAUACAUAAAUUAUAUCCAGUUUUAUACAAAAUAUGUUUUAUCAUUUACACUCACUCUUCCUAUAAAAGCUGUGCCUUAAUACUACCACUAUUUAUUAUUUUUACGUAUC